AUGGCCGAGACCAAAGCGCCUCCCAUGGCGAGAGGGGCUGAUCGAAUCAGUGACCUCCCGGAGGGCGUCCUCCACCACAUCCUCUCGCUGCUGCCGGCGCAGGAUGCGGUGCGCACGUGCGUUCUCGCCCAGAGCUGGCGCAACCACUGGCGGUCCGCGCCCGCCGUCCGCUUCGCCUGCUCCACCGGCUUGGCCGGCGGCGUCGACACCUUCGGCCCCUUUGUCGACGGCCUGCUGCGCGGCCGCCGCAGGGGCUCGCCCCUGGACCCCUGCGACUUCGAUCUGGAUCUUGACGGGUCCGACGUCCCAAGAUUAUAG